CUCCCUCCUUCGCCCCGGGGCCACCUUCCCGGCCAGACGGCGGGCAAGACGGCUGGGUGUGCAGCGUCCUCGAACCCGUGAGCAAGCGAGCAGAUCCUCCGCGCUCCUAGGGACUCCGGCCCACGCCAUGGCGGAUUCCGAGCGCCUCUCGGCCCCCGGCUGCUGGACAGCCUGCACCAACUUCUGGCGCACCCGAAAGGGAAUUCUCCUGUUUGCUGAAAUUGUGUUGUGCCUGGUGAUUCUGAUCUGCUUCAGUGCCUCGACAUCAGCAUACUCCUCCCUGUCGGUGAUUGAGAUGAUCCUUGCUGCUAUCUUCUUUGUCAUCUACAUGUGUGACCUGCACAACAAAAUACAGAUCAUCAACUGGCCUUGGAGUGAUUUCUUCCGAACCCUCAUAGCGGCCAUCCUCUACCUGAUCACCUCCAUUGUUGUCCUUGUUAAUGAAAGAAACCACUCCAGAAUCACCGCAGGGGUACUGGGCCUAAUUGCGACAUGCCUCUUUGGCUAUGAUGCUUACAUCACCUUCCCCUUGAGGCAGCAAAGACAUUCAGCAGCCCCUACUGACCCUGCAGAUGGCCCGGUGUAGGUGAACUCCCUUCAUUGCUCUCUGCAACCUGCAACUAACACCACCAUGAAAUAACUCCUCCCUGUCCCUACAACACUCCCAGCCCCCUAUUGAGGUGAAAGUGCCUUUAUCGGGAGAAUCUCUCUUCCAGCUUGCCAAUCAACCCUCUUGGGCGUGGCCACCUUGAAGGUGAGCCUAGGUCCCCCUUCCUUCUGCAGUACCCAAAAGGAGAUGCCAGUUCUGCCUGGACUAUGCCCCCACCUAAGCCACAAAAUGAGGGAGGAGGGUGCCUCAGAUUUCAGACUCUGGGCCCCAAGUUGUGAUGCACUCCAAAUAACCUCCUCAGUGUGGGGGUGGUUCUGUGGAGGAAUAAAUAAAUAAUAAACAGAUGGUUAGAACAUA